GAAACUUUAUCUUUCGAUUAUAAGCGAGAAAUAAAUACGGAAUACAUUCAUAUGUUAUGAUACCGAAUUUUUCUUAGAGUUUAGGUCAUUCCAGAAAAAAACAUGUGGAAUGCAAAAAUUUCUUUCACUCUGCUUCUCUGUGCUGCUUUAACAGCCACAAAAUCUGAAGCAGAUUCAUUGGCUUGCGAAGAAAAGGAAAAGAAGCUUGCAGUGUUAGAUCUUGCUAAGGAAUCUAUAAUAAAAGCAAAAGACCUUCAUCCAACUUGUGUUAACGAUGACCCAGAUAUUUCUUCAAACUCAAGCAAAUGUGGUGUCAAGGAAAAAGUUUCAGCGUACUUGGAUAUUGCGAUGAAUUUGAUAGAUGAGGCUAGAACGAAUUAUUCAGUUUGUGAUGAUACCAGGAAUAUUACAGAAGUCGUCAUUAUCAGGAAUCAAACAGAAACCAUACUUCUUCACAAAAAGCCCAUUGACUGCUCGCAAAUCCUGGAAAAUGGAGACACUGAGAGUGGAAUAUACACGAUUUGGCCCAAUCAUCGUAUCUUAGGAGGCAGGCCAUUACGAGUUUAUUGCGAUAUGGAAACUAAUGAUGGUGGAUGGACGGUGAUCCAAAGAAGAGGAGAUUUUUCACCCAAGAUUGACUUUUACCGAAACUGGCACGAUUACAAACAUGGGUUUGGAAACAUAACGCAGGAAUUUUGGAUAGGUAACGAGAAAAUAUUCGCCUUGACGAACCAGAGAAACUACGAGGUGCGUUUCGACAUACAGAGAGUAGAUAAGCAGCGCUUCUUCGCUGCAUAUUCCUCAUUUUACAUUGACGAUGAAGAUUCUGGUUAUAUGCUGCAUUUUGGAAACUAUACUGGCACAGCUGGGGAUGGAAUUGAAACUUCGAAUAACAUAAAAUUUUCAACAAAAGAUAAAAGAAAUGAUAUCUGGAAGAUAAAACCUUGCACGGAUUUGAAAAAAGGCGGCUGGUGGUACUCUGAAUGCGGCGGCAGUAAUCCAAAUGGAGUAAAUGAUCCUCAAGCUGAUGGCGCGGAAUAUGUCAAUUGGUUCCCACAGGGAAAAUAUAAAGCUUUACUUGCAAUAGAAAUUAAGAUAAGACCAGAAAACUGAUAAUCGAGUUAAAAAAAGGUGAUGGAAUCCCAACUUUGAGGAACAUGAAAUUUUCUACAAAAGAUAAAAGAAAUGAUAUAUGGGCGGUAAAACCGUGCACAGAUCUGAAAAAAGGUGGCUGGUGGUACUCUGAUUGUGGUGGUACUAAUCCAAAU